AGCUGUCCUGUUGGAUACUUCCACAAUACCUCAGAGUGCCAAGCAUGCGCAGUGGAUCAUUACCAGGAUAAAGAGGCGCAGACUUCUUGUGUUCCUUGUCCAUCCGGAACAUCAACAUUCGGGGAGUUAGCAUCUAGAUGGCAAAGAAACUGUAAAGGUCACUAAUAAAAUAUACUAAAUGUCUUAUUUUGACUUAUGAUGAAUUUAUUUGUACUCCUGUAAACAAUAUUUGUGUUUGACCGCUUGCCAAUUCUUACUUUCAUCAGAAAAUUUCAAAACAUCAAAUGCUUGGGCAAAUCAAAUCGAUGGGCGCGGGACAUCAGGUCACCAUCUCAGUGCCAUUGUUAAGUUGCCAUGGCAAUAGUUGUACCAGUCAUUCUAAUAGUUGCUGUCGCCAUCUUUUGUGUGUGGACGGAAAGAAUGUAAGUCAAAAGCAUCGUUUUCUUUUUUUUUUUUGGUUGUCAUUAUCGUCACUAUAAAAAUUUCUUACUGUUAUUUUUACUGCUGUCGUGGUUUUUUCAAAAGUGGAAUAGAAACCGAUAGAGUUGAAUUGCAAUGGAAUAAACAAAGCAUAAAACAAAUAUUCUUAUCUUGGCCUUGUAAGGCAUUAACAAAGUUAAGAUUUUGUCUUGUUUCGGAGUUCCAAGACGCGUUCGCUUGAAUGACAUGGCAUCACAUAGCAAGGUUUGAUACAUGUGAGCUACUUAAAGAUUCACGUCGCUCUUUCUCAUCUAUUUUAUCGUUCCUCCCUCAGAGGACCUCGGCGAAGAACUUCUGAGACCAGGGGACACAACAAUCCAGCAUAUGAAGAUCCAAUGAAUACCCGUGUCUAUGAGGAAAUUGAAGAAUUGCAGUUUCCGAGUCCUCAUUCCCAUUAUCAGUUACUAAACACGGAACCACAUACUUACGCGGAGCUCCGAAACAGUCACUCUCAAGCCUAG